UUUUCCCUCUAUCGCUCAUGCGCGAGACCCUCUCCAUCCGUAGUGCACAUGAUAUGAUAUCAUCACAAUCAGCGCCUUUUUUUUCUCUUUUUUUGCCUUUCUUUUCUUCCUGCAUUUAGAGAGAGAAACAGCGUUUUCUUUUUCCUGUAUUUAGAGAGAGAAACACAGAGUAGAGAGAGUUCACUGCGUAAGAGUUGGGGUCUUUUGGUUUUCCAAGGUUGUUCAAGACCCAUUUAUUAGAGCAUUGAGAAGAGUUUGCAUUUUUUACUAGAGUUGCAUUUUGCGAGAGAACCCAUUUGCGGUUUCUGCAAUUUUUAUGGAAGAAACCCUAGGAACUAUCAGUGAGAGAAAUUUGGGUGUUGCCAUUGAGGAGUCUCAACCUUCUGAUGAAGUAAAAGAAGAAGCGUUGAGUGGGAAUUUGGGGAAAAAGGAGGUAAAAGAAGAAGCAUUGAGAGAGAAUUUGGGGGAAAAUAAAGCAGAGAUUGACACUGCAGCUCCUUUUGAGUCUGUGAAGGAGGCGGUGAGUAGGUUUGGUGGUAGUGGCGCUUGGAAACCAAAGGGUCCCAUUAAUGUUGAGAAGCCACCUAGCUUCUUAGAGAGAGCGUUGAAAAAAGCAGAAGAAGAGACUGCACAAUUAGAAAAGCAUCUGAUCACCAAGGAACGGGAGACUCUCGAUGUUCUGAAAGAGCUGGAAACAACAAAAAGGAUUAUGGAAGAAUUAAAACUAAAGUUACAGAAAGAAGCAUCUGAGGAAAGUACUGAAAGUGGUAAGAAGCGGAUGGAGCCUGACACUGAAAAACAUGCGGACAUUGCAGAAAGAGAUAACAGCCCCAGUAAUUGUGAUGCCGUUGUAGAAUCAGUACUUCUAUCUCCAAGCACAAUCUUGGUGGAAUUAAAGCAGGCAAAGGUGAACCUGAGUAAAGCAACUGAUGAUUUAGCAGGGAUUCGAGCCUCAGUAGACUCCCUUAAUGAAAAAGUAGAGAGAGAAAAACUCUCUUUAGAAAAAACACGGGCUAGACUGGCGUCAAACUCUGCGAAGAUUGUGUCUUUGGAAGACGAACUAAACCAAACCAAAAAGAAACUCCAGUCAGCAAAGACUAAGGAUGCAAGUUGUGAAGACAUGUCCGAUGCUUUGAAGGCCUUGCAACUAUUGAAUUCAGAGGCUGAUCAGUUCAGAAAAAUGGCUGAAGCAGCUAAAGCUGAUGUGUCAAGAUCAAUGGCUGAGAUCGAGCAAACAAGAUCCAGUAUUAAAAUUGCUGAGAUAAGGUGGCAUGCUGCUAAGAAAAUGGAAGAAGCAGCUCGGGCCUCAGAGGCUGUGGCCCUUGCUGAGAUCAAAACGUUAACAAAGAGUGAAAAUCACCAAGUGGGUCCAUCUCAAAUCACACUUUCCUUUGAGGAGUAUGUUUCACUAAGAGCCAAGGUCAAAGAGGCAGAAGAGCUUGCCAAAAAAAGGGUUGAAGCUGCAAUGGUUCGAGUAGAUGAAGCUAAUUCCUCAAGAAUGGAGGUGUUAAAGAAGAUUGAGGAAGCAACGAAGGAAGUGAGAGAAAGUAGGGAAUCGUUAAAAGAAGCUCUCAACAAAGUAGAGGCUGCAAAUAAUGGAAAACUCUGUGUUGAAGAAGCUCUGCGACAAUGGAGAGCAGAGCAUGGCCAGCACAGACGCACAACAGCUCAUAACUCAUCAAAGUUCAAGAAUUCUUGCCCCUCUCAAGGCCGCCACUCUAGAAGGAAUUCUAGAUUGUUAGAUGUUAAUGGGGUGAGCUUAGUUAGCGAUACAUCAGAGCAUAAGUUUACACCCACUUUAUCUAUUGGGCAAAUAUUGAGUCGGAAGCUUCUUUCACCUGAAGAUUUUGAAGUUGGAAUGAGGCCAAAGAACCCAUCAAGGCCGAAGGUUUCAUUACGUCAAAUGUUGAGCAAAAAAGGUGUUUUGUCCCCUCAAAGAUAUGAACAAGAAGUGGCUUCUUCCAAGAAGUUCUCUGCGAAGAGGAAGAAAUUCAGCCUUACGCGUAUCUCACUUCUCUUGGCCAAGAAAAAGAAGCAAGCUAGGAGGUCAUGAUGAAGUUAGAAGUUGCAGAUAUGGUUGUUCUCCAAGGACCAGGAAAGGAUGAUGUCCCUCUGUAACAUGUUUGUUGUCUGGUGGCAAAAUGGCUUGCCCUGCUUCUAGGGUUUUGUUUCUUGUGGUUUUCUUACCCUCUGAGGAUCUGGUAUGGGUUUCCUUUGUGGUGAAGUUUGGACUGCAUCUGCAGUCGCUUGUGGUGUGUUGUUAAGUUUGUUGUGUAGUAUUGUCAAAAACAAAAACCCAUAAUGUUACUUCAGAAUUAGAAUAAGUGAUUUAUGAGGAAUCUGAAGAUUUCUUAUA